GCAGAUUCCUAUGGGACGGCGAUUCCGAUCGCUGAAAAUGUGGUUUGUUUUUCGCCUGUUUGGAAUUGAGGAGCUUCAGAAUCAUGUUAGAAAACACGUACAGUUAGCCCACCAUUUUGAGACGCUGGUUAUGUCGGAUUCUCGUUUUGAGAUUGUGAGCCCUGUAGUUUUGGGAUUGGUGAGCUUUAGGUUAAAGGGACCAGAUAAACGGAAUGAAGAGUUACUGAAGGCAAUAAAUGAGAGUGGUAAGCUACAUAUGGGCCCGUCAAACCUGAAGGGUCGUUAUCACUUGAGGUUUGCAAUCUGCGCCGCGUCCACAGAGACUAAACAUGUGCAGUUUGCUUGGGAGGUUAUUAAGGGAAUCACAGACACUUUGGGUAAAUAAGUGGGCACUUGGCUGGAUGGUGUAAGCGUAUACACAGCAAAAAUGUACUGUUCAAUUAUAUUCAUGCAUUUCUUAUCUUAAGUUACAGUAUAAUUAUUGAUUUGCCACUUAAUAUAUUCAGCACAAGACGUAUGAGUUACUUUUAAAUCAGUUUUUUGGAAAAAAAAGAAGAUAUUCUUAGUAUUUUACCUAGUAGUAUUUAUAAAAAAAUAGUGUUGAAACCAUACUCAAAAACCUUUUAAAUAACAAAAUCAACUUGGACACAAACAAAUAUAAUUCAUAUUAUGAAAUCCAAAAAUUAGCUUUUUUUUCCUGGAAUUUGUAGAUGGUAUGCUCUAACUUAAGACCUGGUCUCAAUUAGUACACCAAAAUAUAUUUUCAUCUGGUUUUGUCAAACUCAAAAGCAAAACACAAUUAAGUUAAGCCUCGGUCACCAACAGACCCGUAAACCACAACUCCUCUAGUCAACUCCAGUAUUGAUUAUUAUUAGAUUUUUUUUUUUGGAAAUGGAAAAUUUAUGCUACACGGUAUAUUAUAUAAUAAUCUAGUUAAGCCUUCUGUAAUAGAAAAAGUUAGCCUGGUUCACUUAUUUAAAAUGUAAAUAAUAUAAUAGCAUUAUAUUGCUAACAUGAUUGUACUAACAAUUUAGAUCUAUAAUAGCAAAAUAAAUAAUAACUAAUAAUUACAAAGAAAAGUUUAUUUAGCACAUUGUAUAACAUAUGUUUAAAUGGAGGAGCUUCAAGAUUUUUGAAAACUAUACUGUCAAAACAUUUUUAUGCCAACUUGUUUUAAAGUUGGUUAUACAGCCGAUAAUAAGGAAAUAAUCUUUUAACAUUUAGUGAGAUCUAACAGGUACGGUAAAUUAAAUCUUGCUGCAGCUAAAAUUUGGGUUGUUAUAUUUGUAGUUAUUCAUGAACAACAUGCUCCUUGCUUUUUUUUCACAUUAAGCUGAAUUAUUCGAGAUAACGGAAGAUAUUAAUCUCAUAUACUGUAAUGUUUGUCGUUAACAAUCAUUAUGUAUGAAUGCAUGGAAUGUUGGUAUAAGAGGAAAGGUAUGGUCAAUUUUAAAUAAUUAAUACGAAAAGGUUGAAAGUAACGUUAAAUUUGGGUCAAUUGAAACUGACUAUUUCGAAG